AUGACGACGAGGAGCUCCCGGCACUCCCAGGGCUCCCAGCCCGGCUUGGCCGAUCAAGCCAAACUCUCCUUUGCCUCGGCUGAAUCCCUGGAAACCAUGUCGGAAGCGGAGCUACCCCUGGGGUUCAACAGGAUGAACCGGUUCCGGCAGAGCUUGCCCUUGUCCCGGUCCACCAGCCAGACGAAGCUGCGGUCCCCAGGGGUCCUUUUCCUGCAGUUUGGGGACGAGACGAGGCGCGUCCACAUCACCCACGAGAUCAGCAGCAUGGACACCCUGCACGCCCUCAUCGUCCACAUGUUCCCCCAGAAGCUCACCAUGGGGAUGCUGAAGUCUCCCAACACUGCCAUCCUCAUCAAGGACGAGUCGCGCAAUGUCUUCUACGAGCUGGAGGAUGUCCGCGAUAUCCAGGACCGAAGUAUCAUUAAAAUCUACCGGAAAGAGCCGCUCUACGCCUCCUUCCCAGCCUCGCACAUCACCAACGGGGACCUGAGGCUGCAGAACCAGGAGACGGUGAAGACGAUGCUGCGGCGGACGGAGGCGGAGAUCAGCGUGCGGGUGACGGACACCAUGCGCAAGCACGAGGACCCCCUGCAGCGCCAGCGCAGCUUGGUGGAAGAGGAACGGCUCCGGUACCUCAACGAGGAGGAGCUCAUCACCCAGCAGCUCAAUGACCUGGAGAAGUCGGUGGAGAAGAUCCAGAAGGAUUUGGCCCACAACCACCGGCUCAUCCCUGUGCAGGAGCUGGAGGAGAAGGCGGUGGUGCUCAAGCAGCUGGGGGAGACGCUGACAGACCUCAAGGGUGAGGAGGUGGCCGGAUCCGGGACAGGGUGCAUCUCCCUGCUCCAUGUUCAGCUGUGGGGAGGGCUGGGGGGCACAGGGCAGAGGCAAGUGGACGAGGGCGUGUGGACCUCCCCCAGCACCCUCAGCCAGUCCCCCAAGAAGGUGGCCCCCGAGACGGACUUCAGCAAAGGGCUGGAUCUGGAGAUGCCCACCAGCCCCCCCGUGAGCCUCCACCACCUGACGGCUGCCACCGAGACCCUGGGCAUGCCCAGCUCCGGGCACAGCCCCCCCCAGACCCAGACCCACCCUUCCAAGAGCAAUAACCCUUCCCGAGCUCCGGAGAUGGUGCCCGCCAAGACCCAGACGGGCCCAGAGACCCCCAGCAAGAAGAGCGCGGACAAAGCUGUGUCCGUGGAGCUGAUGAAGGCCAUCCCCGCCCUGGAGUUCGCUGCCAAGCACAAGCAAGGCACGGGCAGCGGCAGCGCCGCCUCCACGCCCGAGCACAAGCCCUCCAAGCCGCAGCACGCGCCGAAGUCGGGGGGCAAGGGGGACCCCAACGGCCGCAGGGGCUCAGACGAACUGACGGUGCCGCGGUACCGGACCGAGAAACCCUCCAAGGCCGAGUCGGAGGAGCUGGAGACCCAGAAGCCCCAAGUGAAGCUGAGACGGACGGUGUCGGAGGUGGUCAGGCCGGCGUCCACCCCUCCCAUCAUCGCCUCUGCCAUCAAAGACGACGACGACGAGGACCGCAUCAUCGCGGAGCUGGAGGUGUUUCAGAGAAGCUCAGCCUCCCCUUCCCUUCCCAAGCUCCGUUACGAUCCGCUCGCGGCUGCCGUCUCACCGGCGACCCGGGGCCCACCGGUGCCUCCGUUGCAGCCGAAGGAUGGAAGCCGCAGCGUGGCAUCGCCGGGCAAAGGCGGCGUGGAGGGUGCCGGGGUGGGGGGCGAGGUGGCGGAGGGGCUCUGCAAAGGGCAGCUGUCCCCUCGCCGCUCCAUGACUCUGCGCAGCAAGGAGAUUUGUGAGGGCACGUACCGGAGACUGGAUAGCCUGGAAGAAACGAUCCGUGAGCUGGAAAUAACCAUCAGUGAGAUCAGCAGCCAUCCCUCGGCUGAAUUUGUGUUCCCUAAAGAACUGCUAGGACAAGGAGGAUCCAAGGACGCCAGCAGGAAGACCAGGGAAGGUCUGGGGGAUCUCAAACACGGUAGCUGUGACGAUGGGACUGCCCUGGACCUCAGUCAGGCCAAGGAUGAUGCUCCCGAGAGUCCGUCUCCAAGCAAGACCAAGCCUCCUCUGCUCCCCAAGCCGCAGCUCCCCCUCGACACGCCGCAGGUUUAUUUUCCGUUCUCCCUCUCGCUGUGCCCUGCCCCGGACUCGCUCUGA